UAUGAAAUAAUGGAAUGAACAGGUCAACAGUGGUGCCUCUGAAAUUCCGAAUGAGUAAGAGGCUACAUCGCACGUGAUCCCUGUAGCCAAACUCUUGCACUUCCACCUUUUCCUCCACUUCCCACUAAAACCCUCCCACUCUAAACCUCAGCACCACCGUGCGCAUUAGCACCUACCCCUGGCCAUGGGUUCUGCUACUCUGCUUCUCGCCCUAUUCUUCCUCUCCGUGCUCACCACUGUGCCCAAAGUUCAGGCAGCCUUCACCUGUAACUCCACCACCAGGUCCACCACCUGCAGCGCUCUCAUCGACUACGUCUCCCCCAACACCACCACUCUAUCUGCCAUCCAGACUCUCUUCGACGUCAAAAACCUUCGAACUCUACUCGGCGCCAACUCCCUCCCGACCUCGACCUCGCCGAACCAAAGCGUAGCCGCGAAGGACAAGAUCGUCAUCCCCUUCCGCUGCCGCUGCUCUAACGGAACCGGAAUUUCGAACCACCGGCCGGUGUACACUGUGCAGAAGGACGACGGACUGUACCACAUCGCGGCGGAGGUGUUCGCGGGACUGGUUACGUAUCAGGAGAUUCAGGCGGUGAACAACAUUUCGGAUGCGAAUUUGAUUGAAGUAGGGCAAGAGCUAUGGAUUCCGCUGCCGUGUAGCUGCGAUGAGGUGAAUGGAUCGAAGGUGGUGCACUACGGGCAUGUGGUGGAAGCCGGGAGCUCCGUGGAGCUGAUUGCGGAGGAGUACGGCACCACUCAGGAGACGUUGUUGAGGCUCAACGGCAUUACAGAUCCCAAGAAUCUUCAGGCCGGUGCUGUUCUUGAUGUUCCUCUCAAAGCUUGUACAUCAAUGGUAGCAAAUAACAACUCAUUAGACUAUCCUUUACUUGUCGCUAAUGGUACAUAUGUCUACACCGCCAACAGUUGUGUAAUGUGCAAGUGUGAUUCUGCGAACAACUGGACAUUACAAUGUGAGCCAUCCCAGCUUAAGCUAUCCAAUAGAACGUGCCCUAGCAUGCAAUGUGAAGGUAGCAGUUUGUAUAUAGGCAACAGCACCUCUGCUGGUUGUAACCGAACGACCUGUGCCUAUGCUGGUUACACCAGUCAAAUGAUCCUCACAACCCUUGUUGAGGGGAACGCUUGUUCAGCUAGUAAUGAUGCUCAAAAGAUCGGUCUACAAGUCUGGAGCUGGGCCUUCCUUUUCAUCUCGUCAAUUGCUCUCGCUUGGUCUUCAAUUUUUUCAGUAAGAUCUCUGUAGCUUUGUACCAUUACUUGAAGUUUUUUCUUGGUAUCUGCAUCUCCCCGUGUUCAAAAUAAAUGUCAGUGUAUGAGCAAAUUUCCGCGAAAUGUAUAUUGUUUGUAUCCUCCUCUUUGAGUUAAAUGUUAAUGUCCCAGCAAUUUAUUUUU